UAUACAUAUGGAUGACACAGACACUCUAUCAUCUGUGGGGAACCCAUUCGAGGAUUUUUAUUCGAAUGAAGAAUGUAUUAAAUAUGUUAAAGAUGCAGAAAAUGCAUGCAUGUAUUUGAAAGUGGAGAAUGAAUUCUAUGUUCAAUAUAUAGCAAAAAUGGAUCCUUCCAGCCUACCUAUUGUACAACAUUAUUUACAGAACGUAUUUGUGAAACAAUCUAGCGAAGAACAACACAGUUCGAGAAAUUCUUUAGUAGAUAAACGAGUUUCAUCUGUAAUAAAAACACAAAAAAAAGUCCUUGGAUCGUUUGUAAAAAAUGAAAUGCUGAUGAUGUUAAUGGAAGAAUCUCAGUCGGUUUUCGAAAAAUUUCGGAAAGAAACUGUACAAGCUUUAGAAAAAUUUAAGGCUCGCGACGAAGAGGCAGAGAUAACAUACGGGGAACUGAAGGAAGCCUGGGAUAUAUUCGAAUAUUCUGUGAUACAACAAGGUUAUGAUCAAUUAUCUCAGAGAAUACCGGCAGAAAAAUUUAUCAGGUUUAUGGAUGAAAUACAAAGAAUAUCAGCAGGCAUCAAGCAGAAAUUAUUAUUGUACACCAACAGUGAAAGAGUGGCUCAUUCAAAACUCCAAAUAGUUUACGCACAGAAAAUACUUUUGUCGGAAAAUAUACAUGCUGUGGAUUUUGAUAAGUUAAGCAUUGAAAACAAAAAUUUGAGUAAAAGAAUAGAUGAAAUGUUUAAGCACACAAUGGAACUGAAAAAACUAAAUGGUUGGGCGAGUGUAGUGAUAACGGUAUACAAAAAUGAUUUACAAAUACAAGGAAAGGAUUGCGUUGCUAUCAUGGAUGUGAUUACUCAGAUUGAAUCACGACUUAAAAAUUUGGAAGAAGAAUCUAAUGAGCUUCUGGAAGAAAUUAAUAAGGCCAAGGGUGAUUAUGAUGUUUUCAAAAAAUUAAAAACUGACUACGCGGUGCCUGAUACGAUGGAAUACGUUGUAAUAAAAGCGGAAUUAUAUGAUGCAAAGAAAAAAUUAAAAAUAAUGGAACGAAGAAAUGAAAUUUUAGAUAUCACUGUUAGUGCUUGUUUACGAGAGAUGAAGCAUAUAAGAGGAGUUAAUUAUGUUAAUCCCGAAUGGUUUAUUUGCAAGAAAAAAUUAGAGAGAAGAUCAGACUUAUCGGUAAUUCUAAGUUGCGUUUUGUAACUAUUAAGAUACAUAAACCUAUUUGUAAGUAAGUAUAUUCUAUAUUUAUAAAAAUUAUAUUUUAUAGUAGUGAUUUAAUUUUGCAUUUCUCUGCCUUGGUUAAUGAAAAUAUAUGUAUAUAUCGAA